AUGGAAAGGCACCCAAAAAGCAGGCAAGUGCGGUCUUUUUUCUUGUGUCUCUGUGUACUUGUGCCAAUGUGUGAGUCCUUCCACUAUUCUGUGCCAGAGGAGAAGAAAAGCGGCUCUGUGGUGGCGAACGUGCUGCGGGAUCUGCGAGUGGAGGGCAGGGAGCUGUCCGCUCGGAGGGCCCGGCUGGCUUCCAAGAGCGCCAAGCAGUAUUUCCGGCUGGACCCUCAUUCCGGCAACAUCCUCCUGCAGGAGCGCAUAGACCGGGAGACACUGUGUGACGAGAAGGACCCCUGCGUUCUGAUUGAGGAGGUUGUGCUGGAAAAUCCAUGGCAGCUGCACCGAAUCGAAGUUCAGAUUGAGGAUGUGAAUGACAAUGCCCCCAAAUUCUACAAAGAUCCAUUACUGUUUGAAAUUCCAGAACAGGUACCCCUGGGGACAAAAUUUAUUUUGGAGAGAGCUCAAGAUGCAGACAAAGGAGAAAAUGCUGUUCAGAAUUAUACACUGAGUCCUAACAAGCAUUUCAGGCUGGAUGUUCAAACUGAUGGUGAUGGCAGCAAAUAUGCAGAACUGGUGCUGGAGAAACCUUUGGACAGAGAGGUGAAUGCACAGGUGACUCUCAUGUUGACAGCUGUGGACGGAGGGAUUCCCCAGAGAUCGGGCACAGCAGAAAUAUUAAUUAAUGUUCUGGAUACAAACGACAAUUUCCCUCAGUUCACACAAUCCCUGUAUGAGGCAAAGUUGCAGGAAAAUAGCCCUUUGGGUACACUGGUCACCAGAGUAGAAGCCAGUGACAAAGAUUUUGGCUCCUAUGCAGAAAUCACAUAUUCCUUCAGCCAAGUGGCAGAAAAUAUUCUCAGAGCGUUCAAGUUAAACAGGCAUACCGGUGAGCUCACCUUGGUAGCUCCAAUUGAUUAUGAAGAAAAGAGCAAGUAUGAGCUGAGCCUCCGAGCCACGGAUGGAGGGGGGCUCUCUGCCUACUGCAAGGUCACUGUGGAGGUGGAGGAUGAGAAUGACAAUGCCCCCGAGGUGGCUGUGACAUCCAUCACCAGUCCCCUGCCAGAGGACUCGCCUGUGCAGACGAUGGUGGCCCUCUUCAGUGUCAGGGACCACGACUCUGGAGACAAUGGCAGGACCACCUGCACCACAGACCCAAGCCUGCCCUUCGGGCUAAGAGCCACCGAGAACAGCUACUACCAGCUGGUGACCCAGCGGCCCCUGGACCGAGAGCGGGUCCCCGAAUACAACGUGACCAUCACAGCCACAGACCAAGGCUCUCCCCGACUCACCUCGCUGACAGUGAUCAGCAUUCCCAUCUCGGAUAUCAACGACAACCCUCCGGUGUUCGAACGGCCCCUCUACGAAAUGCAGGUGCGGGAGAACAACAUUCCCGGGCUGCUGAUCGGCUCAGUCCACGCCUCUGACCUGGACGCGGAGCAGAACGCCAAGCUGACCUACAUGCUCCUGCCCGGGAAGGUCAGGGACGGCCCGGUGUCCUCCUAUGUCUCCAUCAACUCCGAGACCGGGAACCUGUACGCCUUGCGAUCCCUCGAUUACGAGGACAUCAGGGAGCUCCGUGUGAUGGUGAGGGCCCUGGACAAGGGCUCCCCCCCACUCAGCUCGCAGGCCACUGUCUGCAUUCACGUGGUGGACGAGAACGACCACGCACCUUUCAUCCUGCACCCUCUGCAGAACAGCAGCUCCCCAUCCAGUGACCUGGUCCCGCGCGGGGCCGAGGCCGGCUACCUGGUCACCAAGGUGGUGGCCACGGACCAUGACUCGGGGCAGAACUCCUGGCUGUCCUACCAGCUGCUGAAGGCCACGGAGCCGGGCCUGUUUGUGGUGGGCGCCCAGAACGGGGAGGUGAGGACGACACGGCCGGUCCAGGCUCGGGACAGCUCCAAACAGACGCUGGUGGUGGCUGUCAGGGACAGCGGCCACCCGCCCCAGUCCGCCUCCGCCAUGCUCAGGAUCCUGCUCGUGGACGGCUUCUCCGACCCCUACAUGAAGAUGGUGGACGUCCCCCGGCACGAGGAGGCCGAGGAGGAGGGCCGCACCCUGACCAUGUACCUGAUCGUUUGCCUGGCUGCCAUCUCCUCCAUUUUCCUGCUGUCCAUCACCGUGUUCGUGGCGGUCAAGAUCCAGAAGCACCGGAAGCUCUCUGGAGCCCUUCCUGCAGUAUCUGCGUUCCCUGCGGGGCCCAGUUCCCAGGAGAAUGGAGAGGAUUCUGGCUCGCUCUCCCAGGCCUUCAACUAUGAGGUGUGCUUGGCCGGCGGGUCCCUGGACAGCGAGUUCCGCUUCCUCAGGCCGCUCUUCCCCAUUUUUUCCAUGGAGUCUCCCAACCCUCAGGUGAAUUCAGCAGAUUCCCAAGAAAUCCCAAGUGGUGCAGCACAAAGUCAACUCAUGAACCAGCUGAUGAUGUGA